CAAUAUACCAUCGGCCUCCAGCUUGUGCUUCAAUGCCGGCUUUACAAGCGAUUGAUGGCACAAGCUUCGUGAUGUUGCAGUCUACUUCUUUGAAGAGGGCCGGCGAUGCACUUCCUCGACAUGCCUACAGCCAGAACUGCUUGGCUGGAAAGAACACACCGCCAAUUCUUCAAGCAGCGGCAGUCAAUCCAAACAAGAAACUGCUGUUGCUGACAGCUGUUGAUGAGGACAGCAAGCCUUCUGCGAGUGCAGAGGCUCCUCCACUUUGGGCGGUAGCCAACAUCAACGUGGCAGCAGCCAACCAGCUGCACAAAGCGAGAGGAGAUGUUGUUGUGCCCUACCAGGGCCCAGACAUUAAGGAUGACUACAUCCAUCGCAUUUUCUUUAGAGUGUACGAGCAGCCUCGACAGGUACCUCGGCACCUCUUGAGCGACUGGGGCCAGCUGAGGUCUUGGAUGCAAAGCAAUAGGCUCUUGGGUGAGGCAGCUCGCCGAGGAGGUGGGAUGUCAGAAUUCCUCCUGACUGCAGUUAGGAAGCGGCCAAAUGUUACAGCUUUUCAAGAUCCUUUCGUCAGGGCCUUGCUGUACCCUUACCCUUGCCACGUCGCCAGCGGAAGCAUCGCCCAGCAGAUUUCCUUGGCACCAGGCCGCCUUUGAUGGAGAGCAAAAUAUGCUGGAGGGCAGUCUGCUUUGCAGAUGUAGUACUUGUCUUUCCAUUUUGGCAGCUUCGCUGCCAUGUUCUUGGCUCAGCAACUGCCUUCUAGGCAGCAUACAAGGCAUUAACGACCAC